AUGGAUAUGGAUGAUGAAGAUUAUGGAUUGGUAAGUUAUUUAUGUUUAUUUUGCUUUUUAGACACUGAAAUCGGUAUCUAAAGAUGGAGAAUAUUCUGCAGAAGCUUUCUAACUGUAUUACCGUCAGGUUCACGAUGCUUUAGUUUUCCUUUUCUAAGGUUUUAACUAGAAUUUUGAGAGGUUUUUUGAAGAUUUUAGAGUUUAAUCAUGGUCAACUUCUAAGACUCAAAACCCUCGUAUUUUAGGAAUAUUCGGAUGAUUCUGGCUCCGAGCCAGAUGUAGCAUUGGAGAAUCAGUAUUAUGCGGCCAAGAGCUUAAAGUCGGAUGGAGAUUAUGAGACAGCUUUGGACACUUUUCGAGAAGUUGUUCAACUGGAGAAUGAUAAGGGAGAGAAAGGAGAUUGGGGGUUUAAGGCCUUGAAACAGAUGAUCAAGCUUACUUUUAAGAUGGUUUGUUGUUCUUUGAUGUUUCGUUAUUGUAUUUAGGUUGAAAUUACGAAUAUUGAUUUGGUUUUUUUUGUGAAAUGGAAUAAAAGUAAUCUACGCUCAUAUAGAGGCAGCUAUAGUAAUUUAAAACGCUAGUAAAACCUUGUUUUAAGGCUUUUUUGACUUUAUAAAACAAUAUAUUUUAGGAAAGAUACGAUGCAAUGCUGAAGCACUAUGCAAAACUACUAACUUAUAUUAAAUCGGCUGUCACGAAGAAUUACGCAGAGAAGAGUAUAAACGGCAUCUUGGACUAUGUUUCCACUUCAAAGAAGGCUGAUCUUCUACAAAACUUUUACCAGAUUACAUUGGAUGCUCUUAAGGUAUGUAUUUUAAUUUUAUUUCUUUGCCUUUAGGUAAUAAUUUUUGUGGUAUGAAGAAAAAAUUUGCUUUGAUCUAAAACAUGUUAUGUUCAAGGUGAAAAUUUUGAAAUAUUAGUUAAAAAUCUGAUGUAAACUUAAUAAAAUUCACGUUUCAGGACGCGAAGAACGACCGGCUGUGGUUUAAAACUAAAAUUAAGCUUGGCAAGUUGUAUUUUGACCAGAAGGAUUACGAAAAACUGGAGAGUGUUCUAAAACAACUUCGCCAAUCUUGUAAGACCGAAGAUGGAGAAGAGGAUCAGAAGAAGGGAACUCAACUUUUGGAGAUUUAUGCAUUGGAAAUUCAAAUGUACACAGAACAGAAGAACAACAAAGCUCUGAACCAUCUCUACGAACAAGCUGUUCAUGUGAAGUCGGCUAUUCCUCAUCCUUUGAUCAUGGGUAAGAUUUUUGUCGUAUAGAUUUUUAGAGCAAGACAUUAGGGUGAAAAUUCGUGUUGAGUUAAAACAUAAGUUAGGUAAUGACAUUCUAAAAUUCUUUGUGAAAAUAUUAAUUGAUUAAAAAGUUAUGACUAUUUGAAAAUAAAAUAGGAUAUGUUAAUAUAGGGUCAAGUUGAAUUUGAGUGGUGUAGCACAAGUAGCGAAAUUGACUUGCAAUUUUAACUAGGUGUAUGAAAGACAAUUACCUUGGUUAUAUUUAAAAAUGGUCGUAUAUUAUCAACCGGUCGAUAAGUUAUAAAUUUUUGAAACUGUGUUGUAGAUAUUUUUUGAUGUCACAUCUUGUAGACGUUAUAACAGAAGUUAGGAUAGAGGUAUGGAAAUAUGAUUUUAGGAUUUUGGAGAGUAUAAACAUACCUUUUUUGUGUAAAAAAUUUGACUUGAAAUAUCGACCGGUCAAUAAGUUAUGACACUUUUUUUUGAAUAUUUUAUGAAAAAACGCUGAAAAUGGAGACAAUUUUAGUUUUAAAUAAGUUUUAUCAUUGAUAGAGACUUUAAAAAAAGAAAAAUCUUGUUAUCAUGGUUUAUAUGAUGGAUUUUUUUAUCGUUUUAGGCACGGUCCGCGAAUGUGGAGGCAAGAUGCACUUGCGGAACGGCGAGUACAGCAAAGCCAACACCGACUUUUUCGAAGCUUUCAAGAACUACGACGAAUCGGGAUCGCCACGACGAAUCGUAUGCUUAAAAUACGUCGUACUGGCCAAUAUGUUGAUGAAGUCCGAUAUCAAUCCAUUCGAUUCGCAGGAAACGAAGUCCUUCAAAAAUGAACCUGAAAUUGUGGUAAUGACACAAUUGGUGUCAGCGUAUCAAGACAACAACAUUGAGCUGUUCGAAAAGAUCAUUGAGGACAAUAGGGAGAGUGUCAUGAGUGAUCCGUUUAUCAGAGAGCACAUUGAGGAACUUCUGAGUAAUGUGAGAUCGCAGGUGAGUAUCUUCUUGCUUGUCAAGCCAUAAUUUAGUCUAGGCUAGCCUUUUAUGAUCUAUGAUAAUAUUUGGCUUAGAAAUGUUGGUUGUUACCUAAAUUCAAAAAAUAUUUUACCAAAUAUAUUAUUUUAGGUCUUUUUGGCCCUUUAAAAACAUUAUUUUAGGUACUCUUGGCCCUCGUACGCCCCUACAAAACCGUCAAAUUGUCGUAUCUGUCACAACAACUUCGUGUCACCGAAACCGAAAUCAUUCGACUGUUGGUCGAAUUAAUCCAGGAGAAGAAGAUCAACCGAAAACUCGACUAUUUCCGAGGCGUGCUGUGCACCAUCCCGGACGAAUUCGACGGAAUCUCGACGGCACGCUACGACGCUCUCUCCAGCAUGCACAAUCAACUCGAAACCCUGAGACGCAGCAUUAUCGACAAGGUACAAUAA